CUCAAUUAUUAUUAUUUUAUUUUUUUGCUAAACAGUUGUGGAGCCCACAUCAUUUUCCCUCUCCUCUUUCGGCCGGUGAGGCGGUAGAGAAGCCUGCAGAACCUCUCCCUGAGGGGGGCGGUGCGGGCCACGAGCAAGGCCCAAAAGUGUCUCACUCCCCGGGUCAGAAAGCUCAUAAUGAGCUAGGUCAUCGCAAGCACCAGCACCAGUGUAGAUACUACCAUGACCUGGUAGUAUAUGAGGAGCUGUAGGUCACGGGGGCGUUUGCCAAAGUUGUCUGAAAAAGCAUGUCGGACGUGAGACCCGCCCCAGUUAAGGGACAGGGACUGCGCAUCAAACAUAUUGCCAAAUGUAUCCAUAGAAAUAAAUGAAUUAAUUAAUUAUAAUGAAUUAAUGAAUACAAUGAAGAGCAGGUUACAGAGUUGUUGAUUGUCCACUGUCAACAUUCUAGAACUCUUGUAACAUACUGGGUCCAUAUAAUAUUAUGUUUCAUGACAGUCCCACUAUAAACAUUCUGGUAGUUGUGAUGUCAUAAUCGAUUCUUCUAUUACAUCAUGUUGGGUCCAUAUCUUGUGUAUGUUUGACAGUGAACAGUAAACCCAAUUCACUUUUACAAAGCACAGCUAGCCAACUAGUAGUUUGACUUGUAAUUUGUACUGCCUACUUUUGAAAGACGAUUUCUUUAAUCAAAAUGGCACAGCUCUCCCAGAAGGGUGGGCUGUGCAACAUGAAGACGUUAUUGUUGGCUGUUAUUUUCUGUCUCCUAUCGUUUGUUGCUGCAAAUGUGUUGGUGUCUUCAGAGCACAAGACUUUGAUGCCAGUGAAGGACCACCCUAUUCUGAACAACCCUGAUGCUACAAAAGAACAAGUUGAUAGUUUACGGGUGAAAGACUAUUCUUCUCCAGGUAAUGUGGGCCAGUUGACAAAAGGAUAUCCCUCAAAAAAUGUCAAAGAACCCCCGGACUUUGUAGAGCCCCUGAUUUAUGUUCCAGAGCACAAGCCGUUGAUGCCAGUGAAGGACCACUCUGUUCAGAACAACCCUGAUGCUACAAAAGAGACCAAUUUUAAGUCAUUGCUGGAACAACUUGAGAGUUUACGGGUGAAAGACGAUUCUUCUCCAGGUAACGUGGGCCAGUUGACAAAAGGAUAUUCCUCAAAAAAUUCUAAAGAGCCCUCGGAGCUUGUAGAGCCCCUGAUUUCUGUUCCAGAGCACAGGCCUUUGAUGCCAGUGAAGGACCACCCUGUUCAGGACAUCCCCAAUGUUGCAAAAUGGACCAAAAUGGUGCAAGUGGACCAGAUGCUGGAACAACUUCAGAGGAUGAAAGAUGAUACUUUCCCAGGUAAAGCUAAAGUCCCACAGAUGAUUGUGGAGAAACUUAUUCCUUAUCUACAGGCUUACAAGCAAAAAGCAUUGCAAGGUGACAACAACGUCUUCAAAGAAAAUCUUCAGGCUCCAGCUCCAAAAGCUCAGAAGAGCACCCUGAAGAUCAAACCCAGAGUCAACAUAUUGACUGACCCUUCUUACUCCGAGCCACUUGUGAAGGUGAACCUGAUUUUGGGGCUUGUUUUCUAUGGCUUCAUCGUAAUAGUGGUUCUCUAUGAUGCUGUGAGAAUCUCCAAGGAGGCUAGAAGGCGAUCUGAUGCUAUUGCCACUGCCAGGUUGAAGAAAAGGGAACCAGCCACCGCUGAACCACAGACACUGGCAUCCAGAGUUCGGGAGAGCAUCUCUUCACGGUUUGGUUUGAAACAAGCAUCAUCCACACCACAGUGUGCCCCCAUUUCUGACGAUUCUGCAAAAGAGUUGCAGAAGUCAAAGGAGUUCAUCUCCACUAAGGACAAAUCUGAGUCGGAAAAGAGACCUGGAAAGAGUGCUGUCAGCCUGAGAGAGUGUGAGCCGCCUCUGCCUAGCAUCCCAGAUAACUUCCUUGUGCCUGACUCUGAGCCUGCCAUCCAGGUGGCAUUGAACCCAUUCGACACCAAGCUAGCCAAAGUUGUAUCUGACAAUGCUGAGGCAUCCAACUACGAGGCAACCGAGAAGCCCUGCUACACACAGUCUGGGCUCACUGAGGUUUGCGUCAAUUAAGACUGAGGACUACUUCUUAAACCAAGUGAUAUUGAAUAAAAGCUGCAGAUAUUACAUCUCCAAAUGAGAUCACAUGGAGACUGCCACCUUUGAAGACUUCCAUUUUCUGUUUGUAAUUUAAUUUCUUUAGAAUAGUAAUAAAAAUA